UUCUUAUUAAAGCUCGCAUUAUCUACGGUAUUAACCCAAAAAUCUCACCCCGUAUUAUUUCCAUACAUAUACAUAUACAGACAAUCCUCAUGCAUCCGUAACCACCGUUUCUUCUAAGCCCGCCCCAUUUCUUCUUCCAUUCCCUCCUCAAACUUCACUCACAUACAUCUAGACAUACACAUAAAACACACAUGUAUAUGCAUACAUCGAUCGUUUUUAAACAGUAAAAGCAAAUCAAGAUUACAUAAUUCUCAUGCAUGUAUCUGUAGAUAUAUUCUAUAUACAGUGGGAAAUUGAUGAUGGAGGGCGAUAACCCAUUAGCCAACGCCAUAAGAGCAAGCUUCACGAGACCUUCAUGGGCGUUCCUUUUGCUUAUAUUCACGGGGAUAGCAAUUUUUAGCAUCCACAUCACCAGAAACACCAUCUUUCAACUCGGGCCCAUCUCGACCCAGGCCGGGCUGGAGAGGCCCGGAGGGCCUCCGAGCUGCUCCGGUCUAUUUGAGGCGCCGCCGCCGCGGAAGGUGGUGAAAUCCAUCUCAGAGUUUGGCGGAGUGGGCGAUGGGAGGACUUCCAAUACGGCAGCGUUCCGGAGGGCGAUGGAGUACAUGGAGAAAUUCAGGGGGACAGGUGGGGCCCAGCUGAAUGUUCCAAAGGGGAGGUGGCUCACGGGAAGCUUCAAUCUCACCAGCGAUUUCACGCUGUUUCUGGAAGAUGGUGCUGUGAUCUUGGGAUCUCAGGACCCUGAGGAAUGGCCCAUCAUCGAGCCGUUGCCUUCAUAUGGAAGAGGGAGAGAGAGGCUGGGAGGGAGACAUAUUAGCCUCAUUCACGGAAAUUCUUUAACCAAUGUUGUGAUUACAGGUCAUAAUGGCACAAUUGAUGGUCAGGGGAAGAUGUGGUGGGAUCUUUGGUGGAAUAAGACACUAGAGUGCACCAGGGGCCACCUUGUUGAAUUGAUAAAUUCACAUAAUAUUCUGAUUUCCAACCUCACUUUCCGUAAUUCCCCAUUCUGGACCGUUCAUCCUGUUUAUAGCAGCAAUGUUGUGAUCAAAGACAUGACCAUCUUGGCACCUCUACAAGCCCCAAACACUGAUGGUAUCGAUCCAGAUUCGAGCACAGAUGUCUGUAUUGAAGAUUGUUACAUUGAGAGUGGUGAUGAUCUAGUAGCCGUGAAAAGUGGCUGGGACCAUUACGGUAUACGCAUGGCUCGGCCGAGCGUAAACAUAACUAUAAGACGAGUGUCAGGGACAACUCCAACGUGUUCAGGCAUUGGAAUUGGCAGCGAGAUGUCUGGUGGAAUUAGAAACGUUUUGGUGGAGAACUUGUAUGUUAGAGAUUCAGCAGCCGGGGUACGGAUCAAAACCGACAAGGGGAGAGGAGGAUACAUCACGAAUAUUACUAUACGAAAUAUCAUGAUGGAGAGAGUCAAAGUUCCCAUUAGGUUUAGCAGAGGAGCUGAUGACCAUCCCGAUGAGAAAUGGGACUCCAAAGCAUUGCCGAAAGUGAAAGGGAUAUCUAUAAGUAAUGUAAUCAGUGUAGAUUCACGAAAAGCCCCAUUGCUACAGGGGAUAGAUGGGGCGCCAUUUGAGGAUAUUUGCAUGAAAAAUGUUAGUAUAAGCGGCUUAUCACCUUCUGUGAAAUGGAACUGUGAAUUCGUCUCUGGUUUUAGUGAUGGGGUUUCCCCUGUGCCAUGUUUUGAACUGCAAAAAAAUGGCUCAUCAUCUUGGUGCGCAUAUUCCUGAACUACAGGGGGAGUGCAUUUUCAUCCUUACAGUAUGGUUGUAAAACACAUGGAAAGAGAGCAUACGAUUUUUGUGUUGCCAGACAUAAGAACUACGAGCCAGUGUACAAGUGAAUAGAGAGCUACGAGCCAGUGUACAGUGUAAGCGGCUCUGUAGUUUUUCAGGAAGGGCUGUGCUAUUAGAUUCAUGUUUACAGUUAGCUUUGGGUGAGAGGUGACAUACUGUUAACAACUGAUAUUCAAUGCAAAAUUCUAGCAGUUGCACCAGCAUAGGUACAAAGAAAGGCAAUCUUCUGCCAAUACUUGUCCUUUUUAUUUCAUACAUACAGUUGCAGAGUUUCUUGCAUUUUCAUCAUUUUCCCUCUCUUUUUCGGAAAAGAGUUGAUUGUUUAGAAUGUAGCCGAAACUCUUAUCCGUUCAUCGGACAACAGAAGUCCAGGAUUCUGAAACUCUAAUUUUUCAGAAACAUAUACAAAUGACUACUUUUAUUGCUUCCAUAGUAUAUAAAUACAUUGUCUUAUUUAUGUUAGUCUACAAUCUGUGCCAUGUGAUGCAGUUGGCAGAAUAAAAGAGCACAUCAGCAUGUGAUGAUUGUUAAUCCAACACAUUCUGCAUUAUUUGUGCCCAUCCAGCCUAAUAAUUUCAAAUUAUUGUGAAAUAAUUUUCAGAUUCCCAUAUGUUGAUUUCCUCACCUAUGACAUAUGAACUCUUAACAAUUACAUAUAUUUUAGAAGUAGAAAGAAACAAGAAAAACAAUAGGACUAAGAUACAUAGUAAACGCAGCAUGAAAGU